AUGGUAUAUGUCUUGUCAAUUCACUCCGACAUCACUAAUUCACUUUCUUUUAAAACUGGUGUCUGGUAUAAUAUCAGAGUGUUCGGCAGGAUAAGUUGUUCAGACAUAACAACAGAAUCAGUAUUUUUACAGAAAAAGUCACGAUUACAGCUGUGCCAAGCGGAAGAAAGAAGGAUAUUGUGAAGACGAAAGCAUUUCCGUGGAGCAGAAGAAACAAGAAUGCAUUUGCAGUUGUUCCUUGUGCGACUAAUCUAAUGAACGACUUCAGAUUUCUACACUUUUAAUAAAAUUUAUUAAAAAAGCAUAGUUUCAUCAUUUUUCUUUUGUUCUCAUUCUCAUAUUACAAUGGGUCAGUUUUCUUUUCUUUCUCGAUAUAUAAUUGUAACUCUUUUGUCAACUACUCUACAAGUAAGUUUAACCCUGUUUUAAUCAUCACCUUCCCGAACACUGAAAACGGAGAAAAGAAAGUUGGUUUGGUUGUCCACCAUGACAAUUCGUCCGCUUUAAUCCUCGCUGUUGGGAAGGCCUUGGAUCGGCAAAACAUACCCUAUGAAAUUAUUCGAGAAGAGCUUGACAAUUUUUGCUAUGUGUCACUACAAGUAAUCCAAAUAAUGCGUAAAAACAUUUCCAGAAAUUGGAUUCUCAUCUCUUUGUAGUUCCCAUUUACGAGAACGGCGAUCAAAAACUCAAACCUUGCCGUUAUGAGACUUCCCAGAACAAGGCUCCGAUCCUGGCGAUUAGUAAAGUAAGUUUACACUUCGGAAAUCAUCUUUCCUUUUACAUUAUUCCAGUUUUGGAUCAACAAUAGCUACACCAGAGAGCCAGUUAAAGAUUUUAAUAAUCAGCUAUAUCAUGUGAUCACUCUGUAUUCCACUGUCGGGACUAUUUCCACUUACAGCGCAGGCGAGGUAAGAAAUGUAAUUGAUUGUAUUAUAUUAAUUUCUAGCCAUUAGAAAGCGCACAAGACCAACUCGUUCGACUAAUAGCGUUGGCUAACCACAUAUCAAGUCUCGGUUUUGUAAGUACCUUGCUUUAUGAUGAUAGCGUAUUAAUUAUUUCCAGUAAAAAACGUCUUUUCAGCCAAAAAUUUGGAAGAUAAAAGAGGUGAGCAUAACGGAACAAGAUAUUAAAAGUGAAUUGGACGGCAUGUCUGAGGACAUCAUCAUAGCCAAGCAAGUAGAAGGGAACAAUAACGGAACACUCAAUACCAGCGCCAGAAUCUCGCUUUAUUGUUAUCUCCCUGCAUUGGCCGGGAUCUUGAUUGUCAGUUGUUUUGUGCUCAUAAUCGACAGUGUUCCUGCAAAGGGACGAAAAAAAAACUAUGAUAUUACUAUCACUGAUCACAAACCGUAGCGAAAAAUAAAUAUAUUUGGAACUUUUUUUGGCAUCCAUGGAUACCCUUCAUUUGGGGCAGGUCGGGAUAGACCCAAUCCCGGUUUUAUUUGUAUGUAUCGUAUAAAAUCGAUUGAUCGUAUAAAAUGGACGACCCGUGUGGAAAGAAGAGGGCGCAGAUGAGCAAAAAGGAAAAUUAUUUGUCGCGGAAUAUCUAAAUUGUUAGAAGUUAGGCUCUCAGUUUGUCUUGUAGAUCUUAUGGUUAGGCGAUGAAAAAGUCGAGUAACUCCGCCGAGUUGAGAGUUGAAGGCUGUAAUCUCUUCAAACAAAGAUUAUGCUACUCUUUACUUAGUGGAAAGCCUGUUACAUUUGUUGAUGUCCGCCCUUUCGACGAAAAUCCCGGAGUGCAAGGUGCGUAUUCAACUCUUUAAAGGACGCUUUAAUUUAGAUCAUGAGGUGAAAUUGUUAGAAUUAGUUUCUGAAAUAACCAACGGUACAAACGUUGUAAUCAACAAAACAGGUAUGUUGUUUUUCUCUUCUGAAUUCUUCUGUUUAGGCACACAGGUCAGAUUUGAACCAGGAAUGUUGAAUGGUGGCUCAGUUGAAUUUGAUUGUGGAAAUACACGGCCAAUUAGUUAUUUCUUGGAGGCCUUGUUAUACAUUGCCCCGUUUUGUGGCCAGGCAAUUAAUGCAAAACUUACUGGUGUCACGAAUAAGGAAGGGGAACUAAGUGUUGAUGCGCUAAGGGCAUGCUGGUUACCAGUAUUUAGCAAAUUCAUAAUGGAUGAUGAGAACCUUAUCAUCAAGGUUAGCAUAGAUUUUUUAUUUGAUACAAUGUUUUAGAUAAACUCUCGCGGCUUUUUCCCCGGUGGUGGAGGCUCGGUGACUUUUACAUCUCCUGUAGUUAAGAAACUGCGGCCUACGAAGGUAAUUUCGUGUGUCUUUUAUAUUUCUUCUUUUAGAAAUUGAAUGCAGGGAAGGUCCGCAAAAUCAGGGGACUUGCCUAUGUUUGUAAGGUGAACUCUUCAUUGGCACAUCGUAUGAUUGAUGCAGCCAAGAAACGGCUACAUGGCUUUAUUGCUGAUGUUUAUAUAACAGUAGACCAGAGGAAAGGGCCGCAGGCCGGUAAUUCUCCGGGAUUUGGGAUUUUCAUUACGGCCGAGACCACAGAAGGCGUAUUUUAUCAUGGAGAAAGUUCUUCUAAAUCCGCAGGCGACGGUAAUCCGUCCACCGCCGAGGAUCUUGGUGGAGAAGCAGCUGAUAUGUUAUUGACUGAGAUCUGGAAGGUAUGAAGAAAUCUAUGGGAUAAUGUCAUCCAUUUUUAGGGAGGAGCUACUGAUACUUCGGCUCAGGCACUCGCCUUAACAUUUAUGGCCAUGAAUGACCAAGAUGUAAGCAAAUAUCUGCUUGGAGAGCCUUCUUUAUACGCGUAAGCAUUAUUUUCUCUUCUUAUUCCCAUCUUAGAAUCCAUACAAUGCGGAAUCUGCAGACCUUCUUUGAACAUCGUUUUAAGUUUGAUGAGUUGAGAGGCCUAACAGAAGAUGAGAAUGAAGAUUCGGAAAUCGAUAAAUCGGAUGAAAUGACGGGAUCCCAGAAUAAGGCCGUUGUUACUUGUCUAGGCAUCGGCUAUCUAAAUCUUAAUAAGCAGAUCCUCUAA